CAGCGCUGACUGGACAUUCACAACCUGCCCCACCAGGGAAUUGUUUUGGUAUCAGCAUCUCCAGCUCCAACCUCGGGGGAAAAAAAAACAUGCAGACUGUACUGUUCUUGUUCCCGCAGCUCAACCUGUCAGCUCCCAAAGAAGAGCCCUAUAGGAUCAUCAAACAGGAGAACCAGGAGGGGAAAGGAGAGAAUAAAAACAGGCUGAAAGAGAAACGGAAUCGGUUAAGCCUCCUCCUGCAGAAGGCAGAAUCCCGUGAAAUCUUCAUUCCAUUUCCCAGUAAACCUGAAAAGUCAAAUACACCUCCUGAUGAACCACCUAAAUGGAGUGAGUCGCUAGACCAGCUCCUAGCACAUAAAUCUGGCUUGGGUCUCUUUCGAGCUUUCUUACAAUCAGAGUACAGUGAGGAGAACAUUGAAUUCUGGAUGGCCUGUGAAGACUACAAGAAAACCAAAUCACCUGCAAAACUGGCCUCCAAAGCAAAGAAAAUCUAUUCGGAUUUCAUUGAAACUGAUGCCCCAAAAGAAGUGAAUAUUGAUUUUCGGACCAAAGAGGUGACAAAGAAGAACACUCAAUUACCCACUUUAUCCUGUUUUGACUUGGCCCAGAGUAAAGUGCAUACCCUGAUGGAGAAAGACUCUUAUCCGAGAUUCCUCAAAUCAGAGUUUUACAGAGAUUUGUUAAAGCAGGCACCGGUUGAGAAUAAUGGGCAAAGACGUCGAUCCCAGUCCUUCACAUCAGCUGGUCUCCUUCAAAAUUCAGAAUUCACUGCCUGGCUUUAAUGAACAGAAGUGGGGUUUUUUUUCAAAGUAAAGACGCUAUUUACGGCGACUUAUUGGAAACAAGCUUCCUACAGCCUCCCUGACUUCGUCCCUGCAGCUCUCAAAUUUACUUGGGAAUGCUUGUCACUCGAAGAACCUGGAGUCUUUUUAAUAGCUCAGAUUAUUCAAAGAACAUUUUUAAUGAAUUAUGAUUCUAUUUAAAAGAUGCAUUGUUAAUUUACUGAAGCUUAAGAUACUAUUAAGUAACACAUUUGUAAAUCUGAAAACCUUUACUGUGUGUAUAAAUUAUUCAUUUUUUGUGCUGUUAAUAUAUUUAAUAUUUGUGUUAUCCUAUUCCUGAAUCCUGUGCGCAUGGUGCUCAAUUUAGCACAGUGCCAAUGAAAGAGUCGGUCAACAAGUGUUGACUUUCAUUAAAGGGAAAGUAUAUUUUU